UGUUCAAAUUCAGUUCAAAAUAUCUUACCAUAUUGUGAGAUUGCGAUAGUCGACUAAUUAAAUAUCUUUUUAAUUAAACUGAAUAGUGGGAUGAUAUGUCAAAUUCAUAUAUUAAACUCCAUAAAAAAGAGAAGCAAAUAUUUUGUGAAGUAUGUGGAAAAGGCUUUAAAGCAGCAUGUAAUUUGAAAAGGCAUAUGAGAAUGCAUACAGGAGAAAGACCAUACUCUUGUACAAUAUGUGAAAAGUGUUUUGCGCGAUCAAGCAAUUUGAAUGUUCACAUGAGAAUUCAUACAGGGGAGAAACCAUAUUCUUGUAAAACAUGUGGCAAAUGUUUUGUGAUCAAAAGUACUUUGAACAGACAUAUGCGAAUUCAUACAGGAGAGAAGCCAUGUUCCUGCAAAAUAUGUGGAAGAUGUUUUACACAUAAAGCUAGUCUGGAUAUUCAUGUCAAAAAAAUACAUACUGGUGAAAGGCCAUACUCCUGCGAGAUAUGUGGGAAAUGUUUUUUGCAAUCUGGUGAUUUGAAACGUCAUGUGCAAAUUCAUACCGGAGAGAAGCCAUAUUCUUGUGAAACUUGUGGCAAACUUUUUUUGCAAUCAAGUCAUUUAAACACACAUAUGCGAAUCCAUUCCGGUGAAAAGGCAUACGCUUGUGAAACAUGUGGCAGAUGUUUUUCACAAUCGGGUACUUUGAACACACAUAUGCAAAUCCAUUCACGUUAUAAGCCAUACUUCUGUGAGAUAUGUGGCAAACGUUUUCCACAAUCUAGUAAUUUGGAGAAGCAUAUGAAAAUUCACACAAGAAAAAAUCUUACUGCUGUCAAACAUUUGGAGAGUGAUCCAUGAGAGGAGAUAAUAUAAAAAAAAAUUGUAGAACUUGUGACAAGUGAUAUGAAGUGGUGGGUGAACACUUACAGUCGACCACAUACAAGUUCCACGUUUGAAGCCAGGCUCGUUCUUGCAUGAUGCAAAUUUGCUAUGUGUGUAAAUAAUGAAAUCUUGU